UGCUACGGCUCGGUGCAGGGCACCAUCUACGACUAUGGUGCCCUAACCAUCGAUGGGGACGAGUACAUCCCCUUCAGGAAUUACGCAGGGAAGAUGGUGCUCUUCGUCAACGUGGCCACGUACUGAGGCCUCACUCUGCAGUAUGUUGAACUGAAUGCACUACAAAAUGAGCUGGGGCCCUAUGGGCUCGUCGUCCUGGGCUUCCCCUCCAACCAAUUUGGGAAGCAGGAACCCGGCCAGAACUCAGAGAUCCUUUUUACUGGGGCGGGGGCUGGGCCCCCGAGCCAGUACGUUCGGCCGGGGGGUGGUUUUGUCCCCAACUUCCAGCUGUUCCAGAAAGGGGAUGUGAACGGGGCCAAGGAGCAGAAGGUCUACACCUUCCUGAAGAACGCCUGUCCCCCGGUGGCGGAGGAGUUUGGGAACCCCAAAAACCUCUUCUGGGAGCCUCUGCGGAACCACCUUGCCCCCCUGCUCUGCCAUCCCACCCUGCGAGGCAGUGGGAGGAUGCAGGGGCCGGCCACCCCGCAGCAGAAGACCAUGUCUCCAUGA